AUGGCCAGCCACAUGAAAGAGAACAUCCUUGAAAAAGAUUUCCGGAUCUUGUUAUCUCUGGGUUGUGGCUCAUUCGGGGAGGUGAAGCUUGCCUGCCACCUUCCCACACGUGUACGAGUGGCUGUCAAGGUCCUCGAGAAAAACAUCAACAGUGUGGCUGACAUCACUUCAGAGGUGGAACUCCUUCAGUCUUUAGAACACAGGAACAUUGUUCGAUUUUUUCACAUGGUCGACACACUGACAACAACUUAUGUGAUCAUGGAGUAUGUGGCAGGAGAGGACCUUGAGAGGUGCCUUAGGGCACUGGGAUGUCUGAAAGAGGAGGAGGCUAGACCUAUUUUCCAGCAGGUCGUGUCAGCGGUUCACUUCCUCCACCAAAGACACAUUGCACAUCGUGAUAUUAAAUUAGAAAACAUUCUGGUCGAUGCGGCAGGAAAUACAAAGCUUUGUGACUUUGGUAUGGCAAUUAAAAUCACAGAAGGGCAGAUGUUGGAGGAGAUCUGUGGCUCCUUGCUUUAUUGGGCCCCAGAGAUCUUGGCAAGGAAACCCUAUGAUGGGCUGGCAGUAGACAUGUGGAGUUUGGGUAUUGUCCUCUAUGUUCUGGUCACAGGGCACUUCCCAUAUGUAGAAGCCACCGCUGAGGAUAUGCACAGGAUCAUCACUACCACAAUGUGUCCCAUUCCUUACCACUUGUCAAAACCGUGUCACAGCAUCAUUGCACGAUUACUCAUGGUCCCUACCUGGUAUAGGAUGACAAUACAUCAGCUUGUGGAACGACCAUGGCUAGGUCACAUUCAAGAACAUGGACUGCUUGCCACAAAAGAAAUCCUUCCCAGGGUAGUGAACACUAUGUGCACCAUUGGCUAUACCUGUGAAGAGAUUGUGUCAUCGCUAACACACAGGAGACUCAAAGAUGAAGUAAUGGCAACAUUUAAUAUUUUAAAAUACCAAUUGAGCUGUGGGGACAGCCAUCAACAAGUGGAGAAGCCAUGGGCAAACCGCAGCCCUGUAGGUGCCCUUAUCCCCCUUCCCUACUUGAAGAGGAGAGCCAGUGAACCUGUCUUUUCAACCUGUACAGAAGCUGGGAAGGGUCACUUUCAGAAUGAGGGCAUGGAAGGAAGAGGCAAGAAUUGCAGAAGGUACCCCAUGGUCACCAUGGAGACAGUGCCCUGCUCAGAUGACCCAGUGCCAGAAGGAGAUGCUCUAACAGCUGAUAUCACUAACACUGCUACAGGGGAUAUUGCAGUCAACAGAAAUUCCAUGGACAGCCUGCCUAGUGAGCACUUCUCUCCAGUGUCAGCCCAGGAUGGAACAUCUACAGGGUUUCUGAACAUGGGCUUCUAUGCAGAAGACCCAUCCUCAGGGCCAGAUAUUUCCAGUGACCAGCCCCACAUUGGACUCACAGCUUCUGGAUCCAGGAUACUCAGGAGCUGGGAGCUGAUGAGGAAGCGAAUUUCCUGUUCAUUGAAAGGACCAUGCUGCUGCUGCUGCUGUUGCUGCUGCUGUCUGCCCUCCCCACGGUGA